UGCUGCCGCUGCUGCGUGCGCUCCGUUUCGUUUCUCUCUCCGACGGUCGACGAUGAAAAAUAUGGCGGCGCUCAUCAGGCAUGCCUCAUACAGGAUUCCGUUUAAAAGUACGUCCGCGCUAUUUGCGGUCACUACGACGACGAACGCACGUCGCGACGUUGCGCGCUUCGCGAGUAAGCUGAGUUCCGCUGACGAUGCCUUGAAGCAGAAUCCGAAGUUGGAAGCUACCAGGAAGUCUCUUUCCGCGAAAGGAUUUCUUCGAUCAAUAAAGUCAUACGAUCCACCUUCCGACGUAAAUGAACGGAUUGACAAAAUCUGUGCGGGCCAACAAAUCUCGACGAGGGACGAGGCGAAGCUCGAGGGCGGUCUUUCGCGCUUUAAAAUCUUUGCAGCCUGUGCGGAAGAGUUCAAGCAUUCCGUGCCAAAUUCGUUGCUUUGCAUAAUCGAAACGGUCGGAGAUCUAAAAGAAUUUUAUCAUACUCCGGUGGACACUGCCACACCACUCGAAACAUUACGAAGGAUGCAGCUUCCGAAGAAUUUACACGUACAAUAUGAAUACCAUCGUUUCCAUCCUGAUACAGACACGAUGUUUGGUGGCAAGACGGCUUUUCCGCUCAGCUCGACUCUCGUCACUGGUUUGAAAUACAAGAAGAAAUACAAAGGUUUCAAGCUGGAGGAUCCAUUUUAUCAAGAAUAUAAACGAAUUAAAUAAAAUUGUACCAUUUAUAUUUCGAAGAAUUCUCGUAUUAUUUCCUAUCGAGUUCGUAUCGAGAAAUGGAUUACUUAAUAUAUGAAAAAAAUAAAAAACGUGAAAUUUUCUAGCCAUA